AUGAUUCUUUUCCCAGAAAUUGAAUCACGGUCAUCCUCUCCAACAAUUUCCUCACCUUCUAUGUCAGAUCCUGGCUCGCCAACUGAAUUAUCAUCCAUGCCCUUGUUUGUAGAUGGACCUGCUCUUCGUACAUUUUUCAGCAAUUCGGUUGCAAAGGGCCGAGAGUCGGUUUCCUCAGCUCAAGCAACUCUAUCUAAUCCACCAUCGUUUCUCUGGCAAAUGACAUCAGAGCAACUGGUAGCAGUUCCAGACGAUCCAAUCUCACAUCUGUGA